UUUCCUGAUCUCAUGCUUGGUCCCUGGCAGUUUCUUUCAUGUUUUGGACAACAGUUUUUUCCCUAACCUUUUCCUAACCUUAACCUCAUUCUCCUAACCUGCUAUGUAAACAAAUCAUCUGUGUCAAGAAACCAGCAGUCUCAUAACACCAAAACGGACCAAUGGCAGGUAUCAAUGGACUAACCAAUGGCAGACACCAAUUGGCGUUUCCUGAUAUCAAGGAAAGCCCACAUCAAGAAACGCCACAAAAUGCGGUCUGCAAUUACACCAUAUUGUACUCCUGCAGGGCAUGGGCGUUUGCUACAGAGUAUUCACACCUGUACUUAAUUUAGCUGUCUGUCAAUCAAUGAACACCACCAAGGCUCCCAGUGGUGUUUAAAAGUGAAUCCUGUUUAUUUCUAUACGAUCAAUCAUGGAUGAAGAUUCAGCAUUGGAUGACCCAAUUGCAAAUGUACCAAGCCCAUCCUACCUCUCCUCCUUGAGCCAACCGGAGAAGGAUGUCGGGAAAGAUCUGGAUCUCAGCGUCCUGACGGAAGAGACCAGUGGAAAUGCUGCUUCUAACGCCAACAUGACACAAGACAGUGGCUUCUUCGAUGCCUAUAGGCAAGAGGAGUCUGCUGAGACUGACCCUAAAAAGGUGGCCAUGCCGGGAGCCUCUACCUUCUGUCCCAUGACACCCGUGACCCCAGUGGCUGAGAGUUCUGGAAUCAUCCCCAUGUUACAGAAUGUUGUAUCCACAGUGAAUCUGGCCUGCCCACUGGACCUGAAGUCCAUUGUCCUACAAGCCAGAAAUGCAGAGUACAACCCCAAGCGUUUUGGUGCAGUCAUUAUGCGACUACUGGAGCCUAGGACCACAGCGCUCAUCUUCAGCUCUGGAAAGAUAGUCUGCACAGGAGCCAAGAGUGAGGAGCAGUGUCGCUUAGCUGCCCGCAAGUAUGCUCGAGUGAUGCAGAAGCUGGGCUUUCCUGCCAAAUUCCUAGACUUCAAGAUACAUAACAUGGUGGGGACCUGUGAUGUCUGCUUCCCCAUCCGGCUGGAGGGUCUGUUGCUGGAUCAUCAGCAGUUCAGCAGUUAUGUGCCAGAACUGUUUCCUGGUUUGAUCUAUCGCAUGGUGAAACCACGUAUUGUGUUACUGAUCUUUGUGUCUGGAAAAGUGGUUCUGACAGGAGCUAAAGAACGUCGAGAAAUCUAUGAGGCUUUUGAGAACAUAUACCCCAUUCUGAAGGGAUUCAGAAAGCAAUGAAGUGCAUUCGCUGAUUUUUGUGUGAAGACGAUGAAAGCAUUUGACGCACUUAAUCUUCAUUUGUGUAAAAUAAAUGCAUCCUAAAUUGUUUAAUUUUGUGUGUUGCACUUCUGGAGUGUUAAAGUGUGUAGAUGGGCAACUUGUAACAUACUUUUAUA